AUGUUUAUUAUUAAAAAUUUUACAUAUCUUCUCAGUAAUAAAGAUAACAUUACUUUUUAUGUUGAUGAAAUGUUAAAUAUUUUGGAAAAUUCGGACCUACAUAAAUUUUAUAAUAUUUUAAAAAACUAUUGGGAUGAUAAAGACACAACUUCUGUAAGCUGUACCGGUAAAAGUGAUCUAAAGAUUCAUUAUCUUUGUAAACCCCUUGAAAAUAUAGUUAGUAAUUGGAAUGGUAUAUGUCCUUUAUUAAAUAAAAAGAAUGAUAAGUGUUGUUGUUAUUUGACUUACUGGCUCUAUGGCGUAAUUGUUAAAAUUAAUCCCAGUUACUUUUGCAUUAAUGACAUUUAUAAUAUGUUAGACAAUUUUUUUAAAAAAAAUUAA